AUGGUGCAGCUGCCGAGCGGGGGCGAGGGGGCCGCCGACCCCGCCAGUGGCGAGCAAGGGGCGUGCAGCCAGGCGGCACAGGCGCUUUACGACGGCGACACGGAAGCGGCGGACGCUGCGCAGCCGGGUGGCCGCUGGUGUCGCUGCUGCUGCUCCCGCGGAGGGAUUCCCUGGACGCCCGGAACUGAAAAAAGUACCUGUCCUGGGCUCGGCCUGUACUAUGCUCUGUUGUCCGCUUGCCUCUUCUCGGUGGUUUCUUUAUUUCUGAAGUUGCUUGAAGAUGUACAUUCAGUAGAAGCCAGUGCCUUUAGAUGUAUUUUCCAAAUGAUGUUUGUUCUUCCUGGUUUAAUAUACCACAAGACAGGAUUUCUGGGACCAAAAGACAAAUGGGUUUUUCUUUUCUUUCGAGGACUGCUUGGCUCUUGUGCAAUGAUUUUUCUCUAUUAUGCUUUCCAAGUGAUGCCCCUUGCUGAUGCUACAGUUAUUUCUUUCAGCAGUCCAGUUUUUACCACCCUGUUUGCCUGGAUAUUUCUAAAAGAGAAAUACAGUCCUUGGGAUCUUUUUUUCAUACUAGUUACAAUCACUGGAGUGGUGAUGAUCGCAAGGCCGCCUUUUUUGUUUGGAUCCAGAGUCGCAGGACUUGAAGGGAGCUACACUGAUCAUUUUAAAGGGACAAUAGCUGCUCUUAUAAGUGCAAUAUCUGCUUCUUCAGCUUUUGUUAUAAUAAGAAAGGUGGGGAAAUCAGUGCACUACUUUUUAACCAUUUGGUAUUAUGCGAUAGUUGGAUUAAUAAUAAGCACGAUAACCCUUUUUGUGUUAGAUUCGUGGAGUUUACCUUAUUGUGGCAAAGACAGAUAUCUCUUAAUAUUAAUUGGACUGUUUGGGUUGUGUGGUCAGAUAUUUCUUACAAAAGCUUUACAGAUAGAGAAAGCAGGACCUGUUGCUAUAAUGAAAACAAUGGCUGUUGUGUUUGCUUUUAUUUUUCAGAUUAUUUUCCUCAAUCAUUUGCCCACUUGGUGGUCAUUUGGGGGUGCUGUUUGUGUAGUGGCUGGUGGCUCUGGAACUAUUGUUCGGAAAUGGAAACAGAGCUAA